AUGUCAUUUUUCAACUUGACGUUGAUGGGCUAUGACGAUCGGUUCAAAUCUCUGAAACAUUUGGAGCCAAGAAGUACUGAUGCUGGUUCAUCCGAAUUACGAAAAGUGCCAACAGGAGGCCAGACAAAAAGCGCACUUGAAAAACAACUAGCACGUGAAAUGACUGGAGACUUACAAUCACGAGAAUGGACAACACCGGCCGUAUCGAACUUAAAUUACCAUACUCUUCGUACGAUGCAUGUACGUGGCGAUCAAACUCCAUACCAAGCAUCACGACGUCCGAUGACUGCUGCUCAGGAUAUUGGAUGGUGGAAUAAAGAUGCGCCAUUGAAAACAAGAGAACCAUGGACUCAUGUAAAGCGUCACGUUCAUGCUCAAUCCGAAAUGACAAAAUUUGUCGAUGAUAUGGUCCUCACAGAUCGCUACUUUCGUCUUUUCUGA